AUGUCCCUGAAGGCCGUGGUGCUGGCGCUGGCCCUGGUGGCUGUCACCGGCACGCGGGCCGAGGUCAAUCCCGACCAGGUGGCCUCCGUGGUGUGGAACUACUUCCGGCAGCUGGGCGACAAUGCCAAGGAGGCGGUGCAGCAAAUCCAGAAGUCUGAGCUGACCCAGCAGCUCAACUCCCUCUUCCAGGACCAAGUGGACGACGUGAACACCUACGCGAGCAAACUGCACAAGAAGCUGGUGCCCUUCGCCACGGGGCUGAGCGAGCGGCUGACCAGGGACUCGGAGCAGCUGAAGGAGCAGAUCCAGAAGGAGCUGGAGGAGCUGCGGGCGCGGCUGCAGCCGCACGCCCAGGACGUGAGCCAGCGCAUCGAGGACGGCGCGCGGGACCUGCAGCAGCGCCUGGGGCCCUACGCCGAGCAGCUGCGCGCCCAGGUCCGCUCGCAGGCCGAGCAGCUGCGCAGCCAGCUGAGCCCCUACGCGCAGCGCAUGGAGACGCUGCUGCGCGACCAGAAGGACAACCUGCAGGCCUCGCUGGCGCCCGUGGCCGAGGAGCUGCAGGGCCUGAUCGACCGCAACGUGGAGGAGCUCAAGGGGCGCCUCACGCCCUACGCCGACGACCUCAAGCUCAAGAUCGACCAGAACGUGGAGGAGCUGCGCCGCAGCCUGUCGCCCUACGCGCAGGACGCCCAGGAGAAGCUCAACCACCAGCUGGAGGGGCUGGCCUUCCAGAUGAAGAAGAACGCCGACCUGCUCAAGACCAAGCUCUCGGCCGACGCGGAGCAGCUGCGCCGCAGCCUGGCGCCCCUGGCGGAGGACGUGCGCGGCAAGCUGGGCAGCGGCGCCGAGGGGCUGCGGCAGUCCCUGGCGCAGCUCGGCGGCCAGCUGGACGCCAAGGUGGAGGAGUUCCGCCGCAGCGUGGAGCCCCACGGCGACGCCUUCAACAAGAUCCUGACGCAGCAGGUGGAGGAGCUCAAGCAGAAGCUGGGCCCCCAGUCGGGGGACGUGCAAAGCCACCUGGUUUUUCUGGAGAAGGACCUGAGGGAGAAGGUGAACUCCUUCUUCAGCUCGCUGCAGAAGGAGGGCCAGGACCAGCCCGUGCAGGAAGGCCAGGACCAGCCCGUGCAGGAGGGCCAGGACCAGCCCGUGCAGGAGAGCCAGGACCAGCCCGUAGCGCCCCCCCUCCCCGAGCAGACCCAGGAGCAGCCGCCCGUGGGGGCCUGA